AUGGCUCCCCAGCGCCGCCACCACGCGGCGUGCCUCCUCGUCCUCCUCGCGCUGUGCGCCCCGCCGGCCCACGGCGGCCGCGCGCUGCCGGCCAGGGUCAGCAAGGCGCAGGCGGCGGCGGCGGCGGCCAACGCGACGGCGACGGCGGACGAGUUCCUGGCGCCGCACAACAAGGCGCGCGCGGCGGUCGGCGUGGCCGCGCUGCGGUGGAGCGCGGACCUGACGGCGGCGGCGGCGUGGACCGCGUCCCAGCAGCAGAAGCAGAAGAACUGCGCGUUCGCGGACAUGGGCGCCAGCCCCUACGGCGCGAACCAGGGGUGGGCGAGCUACCGCGCGCGCCCGGCCGAGGUGGUGGCCUCCUGGGUGGCGCAGGGCAAGUACUACACCCACGCCAACAACUCCUGCGCCGCCGGCCAGCAGUGCGGCACCUACACGCAGGUGGUCUGGCGCCGCACCGCCGAGGUCGGCUGCGCGCAGGCCAGCUGCGCCUCCGGCGCCACGCUCACGCUCUGCCUCUACAACCCGCACGGCAACGUCAAGGGCGAGAGCCCCUACUAG